GAAAAGCCUAUGAAAUUUGAAUUUCCAUUAACAAUGGGUAAGCUCAAAACUCAGAGCCAGAAAAUAAUAAUGAAAGAGCAAGCGUACAAAGUAGUUUAUUCUAAACUUCUAUAGCACUCAGAUGCUCUCUUCCAGAAACCCAGAUCGGUUCAGUUCAAGAUCCUAUUAUUGUAUUUCUCAAAGGGAUUACUUGGUUUUAUGUUGCUGAAGAAUCUAAUGGAGGACAAGCAAUUGGAUUUUAAUCAACCAAUUCUAUCCGUGAGGCGAUUCUCAUCAACAGCCAGUUCAGAGAAAAAUGUGAAAAGGAAAACUGAUAAAUCUCUUCCCAGUCUGCCGCCCCUUCCUACUUACAAAUCAGAAUUGAAAUCUGGUCCAGUGAGGAACCCCGGGACUGUUCCUUUUCUGUGGGAAAAGUCUCCGGGAAGACCAAAGGAUGAAGGUAAAUCAAAAACUCAAGCUCUUGAACGGCCUCCAAAGCUUCCGCCCGGUAGGAUUACAAAAAUUAAACAGCAAGCUCCUGACAAAGGUUCUGAAGAUUUGAGCUCGCAAAAUGUUUCAUCUGUAGAAGAAAAUAUAGCGAAAUUCGAGAGCUCAAAAGACACAACCGAAGAGGAGAGUUCUGAUGAUUCGGGGGAUGGCGACGAAGCAUAUCUAGAUGCACUUGACACACUUUCAAGGACUGAAUCAUUCUUCUUAAACUGUAGUUUAAGUGGCUUGAGUGGAUUAGAUGGUCCAGAGGUGAAACCAUCUGGAACCUUUUCAACGGAUGUGCAAACUCGGGAUUUCAUGAUGGGUCGGUUUUUGCCAGCUGCUAAGGCAAUGGCUUGUGAAACACCUCAAUAUGCUUCCUGGAAGCCACCAGUGGCUCAAGAGCAACCGAGCCAGUUGAGGAAGGUAAUAAGUGCGGAUCAGAGACCACCAGUGUAUCGUUCAAGGCCUAAUAUUUUACCAAAUUAUGCUGAAUAUAACAGAGAAGAAGAAGAAAGUGAUGAUGAAGGUGAUGAUGACUACAAUGAACCUGGAAAUUUAUCAACCAGAGUUUGUGGGCUAUUACCUAGGUUUUGCCUUUUGAAUCCAGUUCCGGGUAUCAGUGUGCGAACGCAUCGGACACCCAUGUCUACUCUCAGCAGAACACAUGCUAAAUCUUCAUCUCGUGGCCAAGAAACGAAGAAUGAGCGUAUGAGGGUUGUGACACAUGAGCAAAGAUCAAUUGUUGAACCGCAAAAACCUGAGCUGCGUGAACAUAAGAAUGAAGUGAGCAAUAAGUACAACCAAGUUCCUCACCAAAGUAGUUCUCAGAAAUUGGAAGGAUCGUUUCUCUACAGGCAUUUGCAGGGUACUAUUGUAUCACCCCAGCAGAACGAAUUACCUCAAUCCAACUUUUCUGCAGAAAAAAGAUUUCUUGAUAUCUCCAAAGAAGCAGAAAUUGAUGAAAACAAUAAAAGGGAAAUAGGCUCAGCGAGUCCUGUGGUUGAGAAAACCCUGUAUGUAGAUUCUGUACACAAGGUGGUAUCUCUGAAAUUGAACUCAUUUUCUUCUGAUUGGAAGGGGCUACCCAAGUCGAUGUAUAAUGAUUUGGAAAUUGCCCAAAAAGUUGGGGGAUUGGAAGGAACUCCCUUAGUAGAUCCUUCACUCAAAGUCAUUGAGAAGUCAAAUAUUAUGGAUGAGAAAGUUACAUUGCAACCUAAAAGUUUGAACCAUGUUGAUUCCAGUCUACUAUAUUUUUCUGGCAAAUCAGAUCAGGAAGUGGGGAAGAAGAUGCGAAAGGGUUUUCGAAAGGAUCAAGAUCUUUGUCAGGAGUCGAUUACAUUUACAAAUUUAAAAUCGGCCAGCAAUGUAUACCGGGAUUUUGAAGAUCAGCCGCGACAGCUUACAAAAGUGGACAAUGUAGAAGAAAAUAAUCAAGAAAUCAACUCACAAUUUCCUCUCCCCCCACCUCUACCAAAAUCCCCAUCUGAGUCUUGGCUUUGGCGUACUUUGCCUUCCAUGUCCUCAAAGAACUCUUCUUCACGUUCACACCUUGGUACCAUAAUGAAUUCUAGACACCAGGCUUCCAAGAUGGCAUCUGUUGAUCCCAAGUGGGAAACAAUUGUUAAAACCAAAAAGGUGCAACACCUGCAUGUGCGGUUCUCUGAGGAACGAUUACCACCUGUAUCAGAAACUUAGUUACAAACUCGAGCUGCUCUUUUAUCUUGCAUUUGCGUUGGCUAGCAAAUCCAUUGUUUCAAUGGGUUCAAAAGGUAAUAGUACUGUAUAUUUUUACUUGCAUAUAUUUACUCUUGAGAUCAAAUUCUAUUUGUUCACUUCUGUCAGAGCGGGUUGGCAAUUGUAAUUUGUGAUGCCCAAUUGCCCUGUAACCAAAAGCACAUAUCUUUUCUAUAAAGGCUGUUUAUUCAUUGAACUUCAAGUUUGUUGAUUUCAUGUGCUGAUGGAUCUGUAAAGGGAGUUAUUAUACACUCUAUUUUGUGAUAAAUUAGCAAGAUGUUCGUUUUGGCCAUGUA